AUGGCUCAACAAUAUCUUGACAAUGGUGAAUUAGUCCCCGAUGAUCUCAUCACGAACGUUGUUCUCUCUCGUAUCGCGGAGUCUGAUUGUAAAACACGAGGUUGGCUUCUUGACGGUUUUCCACGAACCGUCGGACAGGCGAAUGCAUUGCUAACGUUUAAAAAUGGCUCAGUAGUACCUGAUUGUGUUUUGGAACUAGAAGUACCAGACGAAGAAGUCAUUCGACGUAUUGCUGGUCGACGAGUUGAUUUAAUAACAGGAAAAACGUAUCACAUGGAAUUUGAUCCUCCUCCAACUGAAAUUGUUUCUCGUAUGAAACAGCGAAGUGAUGAUACAGAAGAGAAAAUUCGAACACGUUUGAUACAAUUUCAUUCUCAUGUUAAUGCUGUUCGCUCUACAUUUGAAUCGUAUUGUAAUGCUACGAUUCAUAUCAUGCGUGCAAGUGGAAAUCAAACACCUGCAAUUAUUGCUCGAACGUUUGCUGACUUUGUAUUGCAUCAUAUAGCACAACGUAGUCUUCAUCUCAUUCGACUGGACAUUUCUAAACGUAUUCGUCGUCGAGUGGAAUCUGGAGAACGUCGAAUUCUUUGGACUUCACCACGUAAUCCAUCGUAUCCAAAUCGAGCAAAUGUUCGAGCAUUCUAUGCAUCACGUUGUAUUAGUGAGCAAGAUCAACAGAUUCAACCUUUACGUCGAACCAUGCGAGAUUUAUUUCGUCGGUUGCGUCUUGUGAGUUAA